UGUCUGCAGUCUCUGGUCAUUCCCUGCCUGUCUGCAGUCUCUGGUCGUUCCCUGCACUGUCUGCAGUCUCUGGUCGUUCCCUGCACUGUCUGCAGUCUCUGGUCGUUCCCUGCACUGUCUGCAGUCUCUGGUCGUUCCCUGCACUGUCUGCAGUCUCUGGUCUGUCUCUGGUCGUUCCCCCUGCACUGUCUGCAGUCUCUGGUCGUUCCCUGCACUGUCUGCAGUCUCUGGUCGUUCCCUGCACUGUCUGCAGUCUCUGGUCGUUCCCUGCACUGUCUGCAGUCUCUGGUCAUUCCCUGUCACUGUCUGCAGUCUCUGUCAUUCCCUUACACUGUCUGCAGUCUCUGGUCAUUCCCUUCACUGUCUGCAGUCUCUGGUCGUUCCCUGCACUGUCUGCAGUCUCUGGUCAUCUCCUGUACUGUCUGCAGUCUCUGCUCAUUUCCCUGCACUGUCUGCAGUCUCUGCUCAUUCCCUGUACUGUCCGCAGUCUCUAGUCAUUCCCUGCACUGUCCGCAGUCUCUGGUCACCUCCUGUACUAUGUCCGCAGUCUCUGGUCACCUCCUGUACUAUGUCCGCAGUCUCUGGUCAUCUUCU